AUGACGCUGGAUGCCCUCCACAAAAGAAUGUCAGCAAAAGAGAAAGGCGCAAAGCGGCGAGAAUACACGCCGAAAAACGCUGAAAAUAAUGCGGCUAGAACACAGACGUGUGGAAGAUGUGGCAACAGUGCACACGAAAAGUCCAAGUGCCCCGCAGCGGGAUCAAUCUGUCGCAACUGCGGAAAAAAAGGUCACUGGCAGCAAGUUUGCUUUGAGAAGCUUAGGAAUGAGGGCAAGAGCACCCUAAAAGAGGUGACUCUACAGGACCCAAAUGAAGCGCCAAACUGGAUGAUUGGAAGCAUCCGCGCAGCUGAAGGAAGUGCGUGGAAAGUCAAACUGCGAGUCAACGGAACGCCUGCUACGUUCAAGAUAGAUUCUGGUGCAGACGUCAGUGCCAUGCCUCCAAACACUGUCCCAAGCAAGGUGACCCUUGAGGAGACAGCUGCCAAGCUCUACGGUGCGAAAAGGCAGCAACUCGAAGUGUUGGGCAAGUUUCAAGCGACAAUACAACAUAACAAUAAAUCUAUACAGCACGUGAUCUACGUAGUGAACGGCCUGGAAGAGCCUCUUUUGGGAAGAAAAGCCAGCAGCGAAUUGGAGCUGAUCCAACUUCUGUGCACAGUCUCGGACCAAACAGCCAAGAGGUACCAUGAACAAUACCCUGAGUUGUUCCAAGGUCUCGGAGAAAUGGCAGGAGAGUACAAAAUCAAACUCUCGAUAAAACAUAUAAAAUAG